AUGUCGGACACUAAGCGGCGUGCGUCCUGCGUCGGCGGGCGCGAUAUCUCGACGGUCGUUCUCAUUGACCGAAGCCAGCGUCCCAUCAUGAACCUCCACAAGGUCCCGCUCUCCGCGACGAUCUGGGCGAUCAAGACAAAGAUCUCUGAGCGCCUGAAGGAAGUCGGGCGCUCGCUGAGCGCUGACACCAUGCAACUGUUUGUCGGCGAGGGCUCAGACCGUCUCGAGGAGAUGAAGAACAAUGAGAUGCUUUCUACCUACAACACGCUCGGCCUCUCGCGCUUCACCGUCAUCAUUUCGCGAAAGACGAAGGUGGAGAUUCUCAUCGCGCUCACGAGACCGGAGAAGAAGUGCCUGUGCAUCACCAAGCAGAAGAAGCUCCAGGAGGAGUUCCCGGUCGUCGUCUCCCUAGGCUACAACCCUCUGCAGUUCACGCGAUACGUCGCGGAGACUAUGAACUGUGGAGUCACUCGCACCGAUGUGAAGCUGUACCAGGAUGAAGCGAUGCAGGACAAAUUCCCAGAGGAGGGCACUCUGCGCUCGCUGAACAUCGCCGAUAAGACGCGGUUGUACGCGGUGAUGCCUCCGGGGUUCGAUAUCAACAACAUCAAGUACCCGACGAUCGAGGCUGAGGCGAAGAAAGUCGUCGUCCAGGAGCCUGAGACGCUCACAGAGGAGGCACCCGCGCAGUCGGUUGGCGAGAAAUCUAAGCAAGAAAAGGACUUUGAGGCGCGAGCAAAGGGAGGCUCGAUGUCGCAGGCCGACGCCGGAGCUUACGCGCGCUUGCUGGGCUUCUCUCCGUCUCUGAAAGAAGUUGCCGCGCUGCCCGCCAAGGUUGGCUACAAGGCUUUCCAGGAAUUUUUGAACGUCGCUAUGCAUCCCGAUGACAACCAGGAGUCUUUUCGCGAGUUCUUCAACUCGUUUGACACACGGGCAAGCGGCGAUCUGACGAGGAAGCAGGUGACAAACAUUCUCCAAAUGUGGGGCGAUGAGCCUCUCAACAAGGCCGAAGCCGCGGCGUUCUGCGAGCUGGUCAUGGGCCAACAGGACAACAUCCCAAUCAAGGUUCUGCUCGAUGUGUAA